CAGUUGCUAUAUAAUUACCAUCCAAGAUGGUAUUCUAAUCUGACAAUUCUCGUGCAGGUAUGUAGGGCUCUUCGCCAGACGUAUGUAUCCUCCUCCUCGCUUCAGUACAUCGUUGAACUGGGCGGCCAACAUUUGCUUCCCAUAUCCAACGCGGACGACCACACACCUAUUUCCGAGCGCCUACAGUGCUUGAAGGACAAAGCUCACGCUUGGUUCAGAGUUGACAUCCACUCUGCCAAGACAAUUUCUAUCCCAUACCAGACACUCUACUGGGAGAGUUUCAUGGCCGAUAGACAUCUUUACUUAUACCAAAAUGACUGGGCUACGAUCAUUCCAAUACUCCCCAAGCCCUCACAACGAUCAAUCGAGCGUAACUGGCAUCCAGGAAUGAUGUCUAAAGUUCCCGACUCAAUUAACCUCUGCACAUUCAUGGACCCAGCACAAAACCUGUUUGCUGUCGCCUAUGUUGAUCAGAUUCACGAGACAUUUUUCAUUGACCUUACAACCCUGGAUAAUGGUAGUUUUCACCCCCAAGCUGCUGGACCAACGUUGUAUAUCGCUUUGCAGCGUGCUUCGUCGGAACAUAGGAGGUGGCAGCUGCAAAUUUGGGACUGGCAGCACUCAACAACAUCAGAUAGUGUCCUCCGAAUCAGCGACAAAUAUUCCCGUAAUAUCGAAUUUUGUUUCCUCGGAAACGAUAGACUUCUCGUUGUUGCUCACAAUUUGGAACUCUAUUCAAUUGAGGAUAUGUCCCAUACACCGCAAUUGCUGGCGUCUUUUGUGCUGCCCGUCCGACUGAGGGGCAGAACAACAUGUCUCCUUCCAGUGGAUGGCGUGGCGUGUAGCUCACAGAUGCAAGCCCAACAAACAACAUACACCUCAGAUCCUAAACACCGACUACUCUGCAUUAACAUGGCCUUGUUCGCGGAUUUUUUUAUCGUCUACAUCAUUUCUACCAGGAUUUUCUUCGAUCUUCCUGAAAUAGCAGUAGCGAUGCCAAUUCCGUGGAAAUGCUGGGGACCUUCAAAUACUCGCAUUAUCUGGCACUUAAUGUCAUACGACGAAUGCAAAGUUCACCUUAGCGGGAAUCGAGUUUUGCUGCUAUUCCAAGACCACGAACCAAUCCCAAUCUCGGAACGCAAAUGUAAAUUAUGUAUCAUGGACUUCAGCCCGCUAGCUGUAACGAACAGGCGGGGUCUAGGAAAAGUGGUGAUAAAGCCAUCUACCUUGGACGCCACUUAUAUAAGGUGCUCACGCGACGAUUGUGAGGAUCUCUUGACGACUUUCCUGCCCUACGUCGAGGUCGUAUUGGACAGAAAGUUCGGUAUGCACGAGUUGAAGAACAUAUGGAUAGAUCAGGAUAGGAUUUAUCUCCUCUCGAAGAAGCUAAAUAUUGAGAUCAUUGACGUUUAGAACAGUCUACGAUCUUGUACUGGACUUCUAAUACAUAUGUGCGAUUUGAUGUCGGACUUCCCUAAGAUCAUGUCUUUGCAUUUCCAGUCACUCAGCUCAUUUACACGAAAUGCUUAUCAGAUGCUCUCACAGGUGUGUUAGACACGGUCUAUGUUCAAGCCUGUCGACAAUCUAUCUUUAUAACGGUACAGCUAUUAAUCAGUCGUCCCCGCUCUAAA